AUGUCCGAGAUCAAGCAGCAAGAGAACGGCUACCAGGGCGGUGCGCAGCCCAUCCGUGCCCUCACGCCCGGUGGACACCCGCAAGACACGUCGCAGCCCGCGUUCCCCAUCUACCACCGCAAGUUUGCCAACCCGGCCCCGCUGGGUCUGUUUGGUUUCGCCGCGACCACGUUUGUGCUCUCGAUGUACAACGUCAAGGCUCGUGGUGUGACUGUGCCCAACGUCGUUGUCGGCCUGGCAAUCGCGUACGGAGGUGUCGCGCAGUUCCUCGCGGGCAUGUGGGAGUUUGCGGCCGGUAACACGUUUGGUGCUACCGCCUUCGCGUCCUACGGCGCCUUCUGGUGGUCGUACGCCAUCAUCCAGAUCCCCUGGUUCGGUGUCGCCGAAGGCACGUACAACCGCAACGGCGUGCCCGAGACGCAACUCGCCAAUGCCGUGGGCAUCUACUUGGCGGCCUGGUUCAUCUUCACGUUUAUCAUGCUCGUCGCCAGUUUCAGGUCCUCCGUCGGCCUGGUCGCGCUCUUCUUCUUUUUGGACAUCACCUUCUUGCUCCUCUUCGUCGCCGAGUUCACGGGCAAGUCGAACAUCCAGACCGCUGGAGGUGCUUUUGGUAUCCUGACCGCGGCGAUCGCCUGGUACGUCGGCGCCGCCGGCCUGUUGACUCCGGACACGAGCUACUUCACCUUGCCCGUCAUCGAGCUCUCCCGCCGCGAUUAA